CGAGCACAGACACCCUCACCCACCGGUUGGUGUAUGAGGUAUGUCUCUAAGCAAGACGGAUUGACCAUGAGGGAAACAGAAGAAAACCACGAUAUGAUUUCCGGAAAUUGCCCAUGAGAGCCAUUCCGUCGGUGUGCUCGGUGCCGUUUCAAUGGCUCCAAACACGGAGGAUUUCCUAGGCCUCAGCCCAAAUCGGUGCAAUGGUACGACUUGUUUUGCAUUACAGCUUCCGCAGUUCUAUUUCUGUUUACGCGUCGAAACUCUCCACCCAAAGCAGCCAAGAGGGGGAAACACUUGACGGACGACACCAGAAGAGGGAUUGCGUCGCAUAUCAUGUUAGUCCAGUUUGGGUAAGUCCGUCUACGCUACUGUACGCCUGCAUCUAUGCAGGCAAGCACAUUAUUAGCGUUGGCCUCUCUAUCCGUUUGCACCCUUUUCAGUAACCAGACAUGCUUUCCAACAGUGCGCUGCUAGUGGCUGUUGGUCACCGUCAGGCGCUGCACACCGACGCUGCCCGCUACCGGCCUUUGCCCCGCGCCGCCGUAGUGCCCCGCGGACGCCGUCCUCCGCCGCUCGACGAAUCACGAGGCCUGUGUUGGCAAGCUGUAGGGCGCGGCUAGACGACAUCAGCACCCAGCAGGCCAGUUCUAGUGUGACUUAGUUCUCUUCUUUUCUUUUUUCCCUUCGUCAUCCGCAAAAUAGGUGCGCCGAGUUACUUUCUGCGACAAUCUAUUCUGUAAGAGAGAGAUACCUAGACAAACAAUUCGAUAUAUCGGCAAUCUGCAAUAUUACAAAAUGGGUCGACACGAGCUGGAGUAUCCCAAGGACGCUACGAACCUUGUUAAGAGACACGAUGAGAGAGGUGUAUAUGCUCUUCGUAAAAUCCAUGAGCUCAUUAACUCUACUCAUCUACUACACGUUUCAAUGAACAUCCCCAACUCUCCUUUCCCAGCUACGCUGCCCAUGAUUGGCCAGAUGGGCUCCUUUGACCGACCAAGCGCUGACCUAGGCGAUCCGCUGGAUCUUUACGUCCACGGCUACGUCACCAGCCGCAUGUUCAACAACGGCCGUGCUGCUGGUAGCGAGGGUGUACCUGUUUGUGUUUCUGCUUCUCAUGUAGACGGCCUCGUACUCGCCCUCUCGUCCUUCGAGUCAAGCUACAACUACCGCUCAGCAGUGCUCUUUGGACACGCGACUCUGGUCACUGAUCCUGCCGAGAAGGUCUACGCACUGGAACUAGUCACAAACUCUGUCAUUCCAGAUCGCUGGAAGAAUUCCAGAUUGCCCCCUGCCAAUUCUGAACUGCAGAGCACUGGUGUUCUCAAAAUCACCAUUGCUUCAGGAAGUCUCAAGUUUCGCACUGGCGGUGGCAGCGAUGCCAAGCAAGACAUGGAAAGCGAGGAUGUUUUGAACAGCGUCUGGACUGGUGUUAUUCCCAUGCAGUCUACAUUUGGCGAGCCGGUCCCAGCACCGCAUAACCGCGUAGAGCUGCCCAAGUACAUCUCUGAGUAUACCGAGGAGUUCUCCAAGUCCAACUUGGAGUAUGCCAAAUCAAUUUCCCAAGGCUAGACUGGCGCAAACCUUGGCUUGCGAAGUGCUACAUGACAUGACAUUCAUUAGCU